AUGGAUAUGCACGAGAGCCCCGCAGAAGGAUCCGGCUCCAACACUUUGCUCGACUCGCUCGCCGAAGGUGCGCCAGGAGGAGCAGCUAUUCCAGCCAAGAAGUCUCGCGGCCAAGAUGGGACGGGACGCAGUACGAGUUUGACACCGGAGAGUACCGAGGAGGAUUUGGCGCAAGAUGAACGAGCCGCUAAUCAGAAUGAUCGUCAGUAUCAAAAUGCCGACGGGUCGAGUCAGCUGGAACUCAUUGAUGUGGACGAGAAAGGGCAUACAGGCGAGAGGGAUCAACUGGACUUUGAAGAGGAUGAGAAUGAGGAUGAGGGUCAUUUCGCCCAGAAUGAAUCGCAUGGAAUGGACAAAUUUGCGAGCAAGAGCAGACAGCAGGAUCUUCGUAAGGGUGGAUUCCAGCAAAAGGUGAGCUGCAGCCGUUCGUCAUCGCAAGGACUGCCUCGAAGGGGUACUCAACACGUGUAGCAUACACGCACUCUUGCUGCACAGUAUCUGGAUGAGGAGAUUCGUCAGCGAUACUUGAAAGGUGCGUGGAGCCCUUGCAUGCUGUGAUCGACCCGUGCGCUGGACGGCUCUUACACUUCCAGUCCAUCGUUCCCAGAGAUCGGAGACGUCUUUGCACCUGCCGCAAGCACCUAG